AUGGACGGUGAAAAAUCGGUGAAGGUGUCUAUCGCGAAAAGAUUUUCCAUGAAAACUGCAGUUAUUGAUGAGUAUGAGAUGGCUCGUACAAUGACCGGAAAGCCGGUAUUCAUGGCUGGAUGGAAUCUAAUCAUGCAGCAUCUUAGACAAGUGGAUGGUGAAAAAAUUGGUGAAGGUGUCUAUCACGAAAAGAUUUUCCAUGAAAACUGCUGUUAUGAUGUGAAAAUGACGCGGCUUGCUUAG